AUGGCUUCCCACGAUAGCGUCAUCGACAGUCUACCAAAUGAAAUUUUCAUCUCAAUCCUAUCUCCCCUGUCCUCCCAGGAACUGCUCCCCCUCGCUCUCAUAAACCGCCGCUUCUACUCCCUAGUCACCCGCGUCCUGCACCAUCGCCUCCUCCAAACAGCCCCUCUCCCUGAUAAUAAGCUUAUUCUGGAAUGCUACCAUCCGAGCGACCAGCUAUAUACACCUUACCUAGCCUGCCAGUAUCAAGGCACCGUAACGCGUGACGGCCCCGCUGUCAGCGAGGAGGCGCCUGCGCUGGGUGACCUGCAGCGCCUAUAUGCGUCGUUCAAGCCCACCUUUGCAGAGGAGAAUCGUCGUCCAAGGAGGAUCAGGGCGAGAUUUACUGAGACGCAGGCCUCCGAGGAUGCCGAAGACGAUGUCGCGACGCAGCAUAUUCAUCUCGAUGAUGGCGAGCUGUUUUCUCAGCUAUGCGCCGUUACCAACCUUGUUAAGGAAGGACCCAAGCGUGGGUUGUUUAUAAGCCAUGUUAACAUCGUCGAUGGCGUCGUGCGCAUCUUUCGAAACUGGCUGGCCGAGAUGGCGAGCAAGCAGGACUUGUCGAGCGCGGGCUCUGAGAGUAUCGUCUGGAUAGGUCGGCAUGACAACGUUGGAAUACGCUUCCGAGUUGUUCCUGCGGCGUCAGAGACGAUGCCUCUUAUCUCGGGACCUGAUGAUGAUCCGCCGGUUCAUUAUACCAUGGUAUAUGAGGAACUUCUCGUGAGAGCUUGUAGCCUCUUGCAGGCUGUGGAACACUCGGCGGUUCAGGAGGUUGCAAACUCUGGGAAGACUCUUGUUAUUCACGGGGCUGCACUGUUGUAG